UACAACGACGACCGGCCGAGGAUCAACGCUCCUGAUUCGCAAGAAGAUUUCUACGGAGAAGCAGACGCCACCUAUAUAGGAGCCACCAUGAUGAACCCGUCGCACAUACCGCCAGGUCUCGAGUACCUUGGCAUGAUCGACCAGGUGAUCAUUAAACAGAAAGUGCAGCUACUAGAAGUGUUCACCGGCUACGAGACAGCGAACAAGUACUCCAUCAAAAACAGCAUGGGCCAGGACAUUUUCUUCGCUGUUGAAGACACUGAUUGCUGCACUCGCAAUUGCUGCGGCCCCAUACGGCCAUUCGGCAUUAAGGUGCUGGACAACUUCAAGCGCGAGGUGAUGUACAUUGAACGGCCACUACGAUGCGACACGUGUUGGUUCCCGUGUUGCCUACAGACCUUGGAGGUGAUGGCGCCACCGGGCACGACACUCGGCUACGUGGUCCAGGAGUGGAGCAUUAUCUACCCGCGGUUUCGCAUCGAGAACGCUAUGCACGAGGCGGUGCUACGCAUCGAAGGUCCCGCCUGUCGAUGGAGCUGUUGCGGCAGCGACGUCGUCUUUCACGUCCUUUCAAAGGAUGGCCAGACGCAAGUUGGGAGGAUAUCCAAGCAGUGGUCCGGCCUGUUAAAGGAGGCUUUCACGGACGCUGAAAACUUUGGCAUCUCGUUCCCAAUGGACAUGGACACCAGCAUAAAGGGAGUGCUCAUCGGUGCAGCUUUCCUCAUAGACUUCAUGUUCUUCGAGAAGACGGCUAAUCAAGAACAAGAUUGUUGUGCGAUGUUUUAGGAGGAACCACACGAGACGCGUCGAAGUGACAGGACACUGGCAUGACGGCAUUUUUCUUCCCAUCUCAUGCAGAAGUCACGCAAACUGUGAUCGCCAUACGAAAGCUGAAUGCGACGUUGCCGCAGGGGUAUUCUUCGCUUGUAAAGCGUUGGUAUUCAGGCUAGUCCAUACGGUCAAUGGAACCGUAUACACGAACGCCAUCGCAGCGCGCUGAGCCCUUUUAUUUUCUUAUUUAUCUUUCUUUCCCGCAUUCCGUACGCGACCAUGUACACACUCCUGACGCAUGCGGCUGCGCCAGAAAAAAAAAAAAAACACCCGAAAACCUGUUUAAGCGAUCGAGUGCAUGUCGCUGGAAAACAGUGUUAGCAGUCACUUCACUUAUCACGUUUCCGUCGAUGUCAAACAGGUCGGCGUUUUCCACGAGUCGCGAAAAACGAUUACACCUAUUAGCGAUUCACCUAUACAGUGAGUCGCCAUUGAUGAUAAACAGUGAGGCGAGAAGCUAGAAAUGAGAUGCGAUGUGCUCCUAUUGCCGAAUUCCUGUAAACGCGGCUGUUUGCCUUUUAAGAUGGCUUGCGUGUUGCACUGGAGGUUGCGCGUUCGUUUUCCGGCCACAGCGUCUAAUUACAAAGGGAGCAAAGUGCUAGGACACGCGUGUUCCGAUAUUUAGGUGCACGUUAAAGAAUUCAAUUGUAGUCAAAAUUGAUCCGGAGUCUCCUAUCAUGGUGUGUCUCACAUCGAUAUUAUAGUUUCUACUCUAUACGUAAAUGGAUGUGGCGUAUUUCGCACCCCUUUUGUGCUCUCGCCUAUAGGACUCUGACACAGAAGUCUCCAGAAUUCAAUUUUACAUUUCAUAAAGGGCAUCUCACCAAGUUGGGCUUUGCAGGCAUACAAGAUCGUCGAGCUUAAUAAGCGAUGGUGGCUGUGUCAUGCAACGUAUGAAGCGGCUGCAUGACGGAAAAACGGUCGCACUUACAUGUAGAUAUCCGCGCACCCCUCCUCUCGAAGAAGAAGCGCUUCUAGCGGGAGCCACGACUAUGUGCAUGAAUUCCUGCAACAUCAAUGGCCACGGUACGUGACUUGGAUUAACCAUUCAAUGCGACAUGCGGAUUGCGCAAUGCGCCGCAAAGCCAAACAGGUAGGUAAAAAAAAAACACACAAGCAAAAACGGGUGACGUGAUCGCGACGUAGCUCGUCCGCCGCACUAUGUGAGAGAAUGAAGCAACGCCGUUAUAGAAUUUAUACGCAACACCGCGGAGUCAAGAGUUGCGAGAUAGUGUCGCUUGACAAUGACACUUGCCUACUAGCGGUAUACAGUAUAACCAGAAAUCAGAGCCGCAGAUAUUGCCACAGGGAUCAGCGCACGCGAGAAAUCAUGGAGGCGUUUUGCGUGCGUGUACCUGGGAGGUCACAAGUGUAUCAGUCAGCCUUCGUUGGCAUUAUCACAUGCAGCAGUGUUAUACCUCAUGGAUAGUUCGCGUCACGUUCAUAUAUCAUCUACCACGUAGUGGUUAUUUUUACUACUACUUGUCACGUUGUGCACGUGUCGGCGAUGGCUAUUUGUCUCUCCCACUUGCUAUUUAUUUUGCUACGUUUCGAAAUAAAACUUUAGUUGCGAGUCGG